AUGAAAAAAAUGAAAGGGAAUGUAAGAUAUAAGAUAUGUUCAUUACUGAAAGAGGAUGGUGUGAUCUGUGAUGAGUGUUGGUUAACGCAUGAUGAUAUUAAUGAAGAAGAUGUUGUUUUCAAUAUUCAAGAAGGAGUAACAAGAAUAGCCUCAUAUUGUUUCAAAGAUAUGAAUAUUCAGAAGAUUUCUAUUCCAAGAAGUGUGAGAGUGAUUGAAAAGAAUGCUGUUUACAAUUGUACAAUAGCUCAAAUGGAAGUGGGUGAUAUUAAUAAAACUGACUAUGAAAAGGGUUGUUUUAAUGGAACUGAAAUACAAAAUAAAACAUUCCCUGAAGAGUGUUUUAAUGUUUAUGAUGAUUUAUGUUUUAUUGAACAAUUUAAUGAUGUAAUUAAUUAA